GCUUAAUAUUAAAUAUAUGAAACCUCUUUUUUUUGCUUUUCUUUUUUAGGUUCAUCCUCAACCCCCCUGUUUCUCCCCCCCCUCUCUACCGGCCUGGUCCAUGAGGUGCUGGAUGAAGUAGAAUGGAUGACAGCCAGAAUGGCGUGCAGGUCGGAGAGAACAAGUUCAUCAGCAAGAGAACCAUUUUAUCCCAUCUGAAGACCUACAACCUCUACUAUGAGGGAAAGACUCUCCAGCUCAGACACCGAGAGGAGGAGGGAGAGCUGAUCGUGGAGGGUUUGCUCAACAUUUCCUGGGGCCUGAAGCGACCAAUCAGACUGCAGAUGCAGGAUGACCACGAACGAAUCAGACCUCCUCCGUCCUCCACUUCCUGGCACUCGGGCUGUAACCUGGAUGCGCAGAGCCAAGAAGGAUCCAAUCAGACCCCGCCUCCCAUUGAGGUGACACCCCCACCUGACCAAUCAGAGAACAAUGGGGUGAAGGAUGAGGAUGACGAGGAUGAAGGGUAUGACGCCUCCUCACAGCUCCUCAGGACCAAGAGUGAUGCCGGAGUACUGAGGCGGGCCAACCGGCGGUCGCCUAGCGACCAGCGACGCAUCAGACGCCACCGCUUUUCCAUUAACGGACACUUUUAUAAUCACAAAACGGCAGUGUUCACUCCGGCCUACGGCUCCGUUACAAACGUGCGCAUCAACAGCGGCAUGACCACACCGCAGGUGCUGCGCGUGCUCUUCAACAAGUUUAAGAUUGAGAACAGUCCUGACGAGUUCGCUCUGUACCUGGUACACACCAGUGGAGAGCGUCUACAGCUGAAGCGUAGUGACUAUCCCAUGAUAUUGCGAGUACUGCAGGGUCCCUGUGAACAAGUGUGCCGAAUCUUCCUCAUGGAGCAAGACCAGGUCGAGGAAGUCACCUACGAUGUGGCGCAGUACAUCAAGUUUGAGAUGCCCGUGUUGAAGAGCUUCAUCACCAAACUGAAGGAGGAGGAGGACAGAGAAGUGCAGAAAUUAAGAACCAGGUACUCUUAUCUCCGCUGCAUCAUUGAGAAACAGCUGCAGUGCCUUCCAGAGGGCAGCACCUGUAUGUGAUCCCCAUCACCCCCUGCAGGCCUCUUCAUCCACCAUCCCUUACACACACACACACACACACACACAGUCUCUCUCACAUACACACACACGCACAGACACACUCUCUCCUCUUGCUCUCCAUCUCUCUCUAAGAACAAGCAGCAUGUGUAUAUGAGCCAUCAGACUCCCUUCUUCUUCCUCCUUCAUCUCUCACCCCCCGCCCCCCACACACACACACAGUCUCUCACACA